UGGUUUGAAUGUGGCUUCGACGAUAAAAAGCGAGCCGUCAUGUUUCUGUCCCUCCCUCUCUGUCUCUGUCCGUCGGCUAGGCUGCCGCUGCACUCAACCUCCCCGGAAGAAAACACCAUAAGAGAACCAUGUCCGAGAAACUUACCUUCAAAGUUGCUGACAUCAGCCUGGCCGAAUGGGGGCGUAAGGCCAUCGACAUUGCGGAGAAUGAGAUGCCCGGUCUGAUGAAGAUGAGGGAGCUGUACGGUCAGUCCAAGCCUCUGAAGGGCGCCCGUAUCGCCGGCUGCCUCCACAUGACCCUUCAGACCGCCGUGCUCAUCGAGACCCUCACAGCCCUCGGAGCUGAGGUUCAGUGGUCGAGCUGUAACAUCUUCUCCACUCAGGAUCACGCUGCUGCUGCCAUUGCCAAGUCUGGAAUUCCAGUGUAUGCGUGGAAAGGUGAGACUGAUGAGGAGUACUUGUGGUGCAUCGAACAGACUCUGUAUUUCAAAGACGGCGAGCCCCUCAACAUGAUCCUUGACGACGGAGGAGACCUCACCAACUUGGUCCACCAGAAGUAUCCAAAACUGCUGGCAGGUAUCCGUGGAGUGUCUGAGGAGACUACUACAGGUGUCCACAACCUGUACAAGAUGAUGAAAAAGGGCGAGCUGAAAAUUCCCGCCAUCAACGUCAACGACUCUGUCACAAAGAGUAAGUUUGACAACCUGUACGGCUGCAGGGAGAGUCUGAUCGACGGUAUCAAGCGAGCCACUGAUGUGAUGAUUGCUGGUAAAGUUGCCGUGGUGGCGGGCUAUGGUGACGUGGGUAAAGGCUGCGUCCAGGCUCUGCGUGGGUUCGGAGCUCGCGUCAUCGUCACAGAGAUUGACCCCAUCAACGCCCUGCAGGCCGCCAUGGAGGGUUAUGAGGUUACCACCAUGGAUGAGGCUAGCAAGGAAGGAAACAUCUUCGUCACCACCACUGGCUGUGAGGACAUCAUCCUAGGACAUCACUUUGAGAACAUGAAGGACGACGCCAUCGUCUGUAACAUCGGACACUUUGACUGUGAGAUCGACAUGAGCUGGCUCAACAAAAACGCUGCAGAGAAGAUCAACAUCAAGCCUCAGGUUGAUCGCUAUCGUCUGAAGAACGGCCGUCACAUCAUCGUCCUGGCCGAGGGCAGACUGGUCAACCUGGGCUGUGCCAUGGGGCACCCGUCCUUUGUCAUGAGCAACUCCUUCACUAAUCAGGUUCUGGCUCAGAUUGAGUUGUGGACGAACGCCACCCAAUACCCCGUGGGAGUACACUUCUUGCCCAAAAAGUUGGAUGAGCAGGUGGCAGCCGCCCACCUGGAUAAACUGGGGGUGAAACUCACCAAGCUGACAGACAAGCAGGCCAAGUACCUGGGUCUGCCCACCGAAGGGCCCUUCAAGCCCGACCACUAUCGCUAUUGAGCCCCUUCUCCAUCUGGGCAAGUGGAGGAGGAGGUGUGGCUAGAAGGGUGUUGGUGUAGCAAGAUUUCGUGCACUUAGUUUGGCCAGGUUGCACUAUGGGUGCCAUUUUGGUUUUGGACUUCCAAAUGUCUACUUUUCAGGGAUACAGAGACUGUUUUUGUUUGCGUUUUUUUUCCCUCUUAACUAGCCUUCAUAUCAAAUGCUAAAGACAUUUAUUUCACAAGUUGCAUCCUGUGUUGAUCCAAAUGAUUUUAGCACGGCUCAAGUUUGGAACCAUCGUUCUGCUUUACUAAAGUGAGAUCAAACAGCUGGCAUGAAGCUGGACUUUGAAGCCAAAAUCGUUGCCCCAGUAAAUGGCAUCGACACAAAGCAGUAUCUGGUCAAAGUCACUAUCUUUUUAUAUGGGAGUUUGUGGACAUCAGGAGGAUGCAAAAGGUUAUAAAAGUCUUUUGUUUUGAUACACACAUCAAACAUCCAGCCCUGUAUUUCAACUGAAAAUGUAUUAGUUUGGCUCAUCACCAUCUUAUUUUGCUCUGACAAACUGGCACACACCGAUAUCUUCAGUUCUCUGCCUUCUCUCCUUUCUUUCUCAUCAAUGCUCUUCUGAAACACCAUCAAGUGCUACUAUGGCUAUUAAAGAGAUUUUCUCUUGUUGUUUGUCAUUCCCUCUCCGUUUAUGGAAUAAUAAUAAUAAUAAUAAUAAACCCUGAUGCUUUUCUAUCUAAGCUCUUCUCUCCGUCUUUAUCGCGCUGAGAAGUGACAACAGGUUUUUCUUCUGUAUCUUAAUGAAUCAAGGCAAACAGUUUAGUGGACACUGGCCUUAGUCCAGUGUAGUCACAUUAAUACUGCCCCUUGUUAGCACUUAAUGAAAACUGUACUCGACGCGUGUGUGAAGACUGUCAAUGCUCUUGAAGUGCUAGGUAAGAGGACUGCUGCCAAAGGCACCACCAAAGCACAUCAUGUUUUUGCCUGGUUUAUAAAAACUCUUAUUCUUGCCUCAUUUUCUUCCUUUUUAUUGUGAUUAUUUAAUUAACUUGAAGGGCCAAAAAGUACAACCUCCCCCCCCCGCCUCUCAGUUCAUUUAAUUUCUCACUGUAGCCAAUCAGGGGGAAGUUAAAGUGGUGGCAUACGUCCUCAACAGUUACCGCCUGAAGUAGAGUUCAACUGCUUGUAAAUGAUCGAUUUGAUGUUGAAACUGUCAAGUUUGACUGAAAAAUAAAAAAAACAUGUUGACUCUG